AUGGAUGAUGGAUCAUAUAAUUUUACUGAGGGUCUUCGUUUUUGUUUGUUUGGCCGGGAUUGGUACAACAAAGAGAAUGCAUUACGAGUCAAGAAAGUCGGUGCAAUUCUUGGUAUGAAAAUGACCCAUGUCCACGAUAUUCUCAUCUUUGAAUCAAGUCAGCAACUUCGGCAGCUCUGUCUUAAAAUGGCAGAAACAACAUUUACACUUACUAAGCUUAAUGGAAAUAUGUCUCCAAUGCACCCAAAUUCUAACCCCAUUACCAAACAAUAUGCAACAGAAGUAGUGCAUGGUCAUAAUAAAGAUGCAAUGAUCAAUGUAACUAAACCAGGGGUGGUGGCAAGGCUAAUGGGGCUUGAUUCACUGCCAAGUACCAACUUGGUACCGAGCACAAACACCCCAGAUUCAGUUCCAAGAAGUAGGUCAGUGAACUUUGUGGAUUACUUGCUCAAGUUUGAUACCAGCCAAGCCAACCAUCACCAAGUGAAAACCUCAGCAUCAUUCAGAGAGGUUCCCGCGCCGUUUGAUCAGCACAACAACAAAAAGACAAACCGUGACCUUGUUGUGCUCUACUGGGACAGUGGGAGUGAAGAUCAUAAAGUUGAAUCCCUUUUGAGGAUUCCAGAAAUGGGGUUGGAAGAAUCUAGACAGAGAAAGAAGCAGGGGAGCAAGAACAAGGAGAUUGUUGGUGUGACAAAGGAAAAGAACCUCAUAAAGAGAAAGAAGAUUUCCAAGUUCAAGAAUGAGCCUAGAGUGGUUCCACUUAAGCACGGUUCAAAGGUUCGAAAUCACAAUGAAGCUAAAGUUUUGGCACCAGUUUCUGCUUUCUCUAAGAGUUGUAGUAGUAAUAGAAGAAAAGGUACUAAUGGUCCUAGUGGUUCAAGAACAAGCUCAACAUUGCCAAAUAAGCAGAAAAAAGUGCUCUCUGAACCAAAACAGUCGAAAAAACCAAGAAAACAACAGUCAACAAAGAAGAUAGAGACUGAGUGUAGCUCAGAGAAUUUCAGUCCAAUCUCAGUCUUAAAUGACUACGACUUUUCAUUUCUUUAUGGACCUGAUUUUCCAGAUUACACAAGCUCCUUAACGCCGAAGACAGAGUGGGAAUUUUCAAGAGAACUGUUCUUGGAUGAUAAUGUUGGAAACAGAGCAAGCAAGGACAAAGAAUAUUCCUCCCCUGACAUCAACAACAAAAAGGAAUGUUUAUCAGAAUUAACAGUGAAGCUUUGCAAGUGUACAGAAAAUGAUUUGACAGAAUCAGAUUUCACAAGAAAACACAUGUGUGAGGGUGAAAACUACGAAGAUAUUUGUUGGGAGUAUGAGCAUAAAAUUUUAGACAUUUUACUGCACGAGUUUGUCAAUGAACUUGUGGAACUUUCAUAUUGA